AUGGCUGGUGGCAAAUCCAAGUAUAUAGAGGCGCUUCAACUCCUAGGACAGAUCGAAGCAGAGCUGAAGCUCGUCAUUGCUGGCAAUCAUGACUUAUCUUUGGAUCCAGACUGGUGGCAAGCCAAUCUCGACGAUGACGACGACCCCUUCGAACCGGACCAGAUGAAGAAACUAAUGCAAAGCCAAGCUGAGAAUGGAGUCCAGUACCUCGAAGAGGGCACACACAUCUUCAAACUCAAAAACGGUACAGAAUUUUCUGUCUACGCAUCGCCAUACACACCAGAAUUCAACGGCUAUGCAUUCGGGUACCCACACGAAGAAGACCGCUUCAAUAACCGCGCGGCUGCCAAUCCCAUACCGGAGAACGUCGACAUUAUCAUGAGCCAUGGGCCGCCACGAUUUCCCCACGAUGAAAAUUGCGAGCCUUACACUUUGGACAUGAAUGAGUCAUCAAAACACCUCGGCUGCCUUCAUUUAUUUCGCGCAAUUCAACGCGUCCGACCGCUUCUCCAUUGUUUUGGACAUAUUCACGAGGGCUAUGGUGCUCAGUUUGCAAGUUGGGAACAAGGGAAUGCACUAGCCCUCCAUCAAGUCGAAUCGGAACUGGAAAAUGGGCUUCGCAGGCUCAUAUUCACCGAGGUAAUGUCGCGUGGGACUCUUUUGAUCAAUGCAGCACUCAAGGUCCAUGGCUCUCAGCAGAAUAAUCAUCCAUGGAUACUAACCCUUCCCUUGCGACACCAGACAGGAAUGAACAUCUAG